AUGAAAAUGGAUAUAUACACCAAGAACUCUGUAUCUACUCUUGCAGUUUUUUCUCUUCUUAUGGGAGCUGCUGGAUUUAUCUAUAUUUCUACUUUAUCUCCUUUCUGCCCUAAAACUUUCUUUUCUUUACAAAUUAAUCCAACAAACUCUUCACCUGUAACUGGAAUGGUGAAAAAUGAGCUUGAAGAAGCUUUAAAAAAUGCUUCAACGGAAGAAAAAACAGUUAUAAUCACUGUAAUAAACAAAGCUUACGUGGAGUCCCAUAACGGCGAGUAUCCAUCAAUGUUUGAUCUUUUUCUAGAGAGUUUUUGGGAAGGAGAAAGUACAAGACCAUUACUGGACCAUUUAUUAGUUGUCACCGUUGAUCAGACGGCGUACGAGCGCUGCAAGUUCCGGCGACUAAAUUGUUACCGGUUGGUCACCGGUGACGUGGAUUUCGCCGGAGAGAAGAUGUACAUGUCGCACGAGUUUAUAAAGAUGAUGUGGACAAGGACAAAGUUUUUGAUGGAUGUGCUUAAACUUGGUUAUAAUUUCAUAUUCACGGACACUGAUGUAAUGUGGCUCAGAAAUCCAUUUUUGAUGCUAAACAAGACUAACAAAUUGGAUUUACAAAUGAGUACUGAUUUGUUCAAUGGACACCCUUUCUCCAACUCAAAUUCGAUCAACACAGGCUUCUACCAUGUGAGGUCCAACGCAAAAACCAUCUCACUGUUUGAAAUAUGGUACGUGAUGAGAAGAAAUUCGAAGGGCAUGAAAGAGCAAGACGUGUUGGCCAAAUUGAUACGUGAAGACGUGACUAAAGAACUCGGUCUUAGAAUCAAAUUCUUGGACACCCUUCAUUUCGGUGGUUUCUGUAGUAAUAAUAAACAUGUUAAGUUAGUUGUGACUGUUCACGCCAAUUGUUGCCGGAGCAUAGAAGCUAAGGUGGCUGAUUUAAAGAAUGUGCUAAUGGAUUGGAAAAGAUUCAAGAAGGGUCAUGUUGCUGCUGGUCAUGAAGAAAGAAAUAAUACUAGUACAAUUAAAAAUAGCUUCAAAUGGUCUAAGCCUAUCUCUUGUGUCAAGUCAUGGCAUGUACGAAAUUCCACUUUGAGGUAGAAACAUUGGUUUUUUGUCUACACCCAUAGCAUGUCAGUGCACUAUUUAGAAUGCAAACACAUGGAGGUGAAUAAGUAUAGUAUAUUAAGACGUUUGGAGAAUAAAACCUAAUUUUAGGAGAAUCUGUUUUAGAUUUCUAUUUUCUA